AUUGUGUUUUCGUUAAGCGUAUCGACCGACAAUAGAACGCAAAAAGGGGGCAGUGUUGAAAUAGUUUCAAUUAACACUUUUUAACAUUGCAAAAAGUGUUAAAAAAAUGCAUUUUUGCAAACAUCUGUUUAUUUGUUUAAGUCUCAUUGCGAUCGCUUAUGCCGAUGACGAUGAUGACGACAUUGGUAUGACCUCUGAGGAAUUAAUCGAUGCCCUAGAACCUUUCGGUGAAAAUUGUGACCCCAAACCGGACAGAGAACACAUUAGGCAAUUGAUUAAGAACGACGAGAACCCCCAUCAAAGCUCGAAGUGUUUCAGACAUUGUCUCAUGCAUGAAUUUGAAUUGAUUGCUGAGGGCUCAACAACAUUGGACGAGGAAAAAACUGUCGAUAUGCUUUCUAUGAUGUACACCGAUGGCAAGGAUGACUUGGAAGAAAUUGUGAAAAUCUGCAACAUAGAAAACGAGGGAAUAGCAGAGAAAUGUGAAAAUGCCCACAGCCAUGGCAUGUGCAUUUUGAGAGAGCUGAGACAGCGUAAUUACAAAAUUCCACAACCAGGAAAAUAAAAACCAUUACUUAUCGCUGACCUCUAACCAGACUACCUGAUAUAGAUCUUGAAUACUGACUGGCCCCAUAAAUUUGUAUAUUCUUAUGUAAUUAUAAACUAAUAUUCAUAUAUUCAAAGCAGAUUUAUCAUACGGUGCCUUUAGAAGCAUUUACUUAUGUGCAUAUAUAUUACAUUUUUUUCCGUUAUUUAUAUAAACAUUAGAGUAGGAAAUUAUUCCAAUAUUUUCUACAAAAUAAAUUUACUUAGAAAUGGUGUGGUUACAA